UGUCGGUAAAUGGUAUGAUCAGCAGCAAUAAAUAGGGGUACACGCGCGGUUACCGUUAUAAGCGAGAUAGCAGACCGAGAGAGCAUAAAUAUAGUACAACUUUAGCAACAAUGGAGUGGACCCCGAUGGAACUCAACCCCGAGACGCUGAACAAGAUGAUGUGCAAGCUGGGCGUUGGUGAAAGCUGGCGCUUUGUCGACGUGCUGGGGCUUGAGGGUGAUCAGCUCUCCGAUGUCCCGAAGCCGUGCUGUGCCUUGAUGUUGCUCUUCCCCUUGACGCAACAGCAUGAGGCUUUCAGAGCUCAGCAGGCAGACAAGGUUUCAGGAGGCUCUGAGACUUAUUUCUUGAAGCAGACAGCAGUCAAUUCCUGUGGCACCAUUGCCCUGCUGCAUGCUGUGGCCAACAACAAAGACAAAAUGACUUUUGAUAGUGCCUCUGCCUUGAAGAAGUUUCUGGAUGAGACAGCAAACAUGUCUCCUGAUGACCGUGCCAAACAGCUGGAGAAGAACCAGGCAAUCUGUGAGGCUCACAAUGAGAUAGCUGCACAGGGCCAGUGUCAGCCACAAGCCGACAAAGUUAACUUUCACUUUAUUGCCUUCGUCAAUGUAAAUGGACAACUGUAUGAAUUUGAUGGGAAAAUGAAUGGACCAGUGAACCAUGGUCCCACCAAAGGGGAGUCCUUCAUAAAGGAUGCAGCCAACAUCUGCUGUGGAUUUAUGGAAAGGGAGAAAGGUGAAGUGCGCUUCUCUGCUGUGGCUCUCUGUCACAGUUAGAUCUUCACUAGGACACCAAAUCGAGCAAAUUGUAAACCAAAAUGUUCUGGAGCGUUCUCAUGGCAAACAAUCAACAGGCACCCUGAGCAACCUUGUGUGCACAUACAUCUGCAGACACUAUGCACUAAAGCACAUUGUUUCCGUAUUUCUUAUCUCAUGAAAACCUUUAGCAGUAACACAUGUACACAAACACAAUCGGAGCCCUUUGUUCUGCAGACACUAACAGUACUGGCCUCUUCAUGCAGUUUAAUGUGGUUUAACUGUGAAUCUGUACAGCAUGUGGUUAUUACCACUGCUCAUGUGCACAUGUCUUUCUCACUGCAAAUUUUUCUUUGCAUGUGUGUCAAACUUGGACUGAUAAAAUGCCUUUUGUGCCAAUGAGGGUGAUGGAGGGGGAAAAAGAUGUUAGGGGAAGUUGUUUCUGAAGACCUUUAGCUGCUGUGUGGUUGAGUUCAUAUUGUGGUGUUUCUUUUAAUAGCCCAAAUGUAUCUGUAGGCAUAAUCCAACCAUUGUUCAGAACAUGGCAGCAAUGUUUUCACUGGUGGUGGUUCUGAAAGUUCUGUGGAAAACUGAAGUUCUUGUUGAAAUGUUUAGAUUUACAACCAUCACAAAUCCGUUUAGUUCACUGUUUAAUUAAAAAAUAAAAAUUAAAGUCACUUUAUUUAAAGACUAUCCACUUAAGGAUCCUCAAAUGUUUAAAUAUGUACACUUCCAAUUUCCAGUAAAGGAUGGACCAUCUAAAGUGCUGCUGUAUGUUGGUUGUUGUGCAGUGCUGGGUGUCUGGUUGUGUUUGGAUUGUUUACCUUUCUGCACUUUCAAAUCCUAUGUUGCUGUAGUUGUACUCUUAAUACAGCUGUGGGAAUAUAAUAAAGCAACUGUUGUCUCCUUG